AUGGAGCGCAUAGCCAAGCGACUGGAACGCUAUACCACACAGCUGGUUAUGUUGGUCACUCAACGAACAGCGGAACUGAUCGUAGAAAGGUCGCAGUGCGAUUUUUUACUGAUGGAAAUUUUUCCAAAGACAAUCAUUGCCGAUCUGCGGAGGGGUGCUUCUGUUCACCCGGAAACCCUUGACUCAGUCACCGUUAUGUUUAGUGACGUUAGUGGAUUUGCGGACUUUGUACAGAAGCAUUCUCCUGUGGACAUCAUGACCUUUCUAAAUCAGGUCUAUUCGGUCUUCGAUUUGGUACUUCCCAGUUUCGGUGCGUACAAGGUGGAGACAAUAAAAGAUUCCUAUAUGGUCGUAAGUGGACUACCGGAACCCAACGAAUGUCACGCUCAAGAAUUAUGUUUAUUGGCGAACGAUUUGAUAAGCGCGUACGUACGAUUUGAAGAGACUUCCGGGACGGCAUUACGUAUUGGUCUGCAUAGCGGCUCUUGCGUUGGAGGGAUCAUUGGGAACAAAGCCCCGCGAUACUGUUUGUAGGAAGAAAAUCAGAACUUAAUUGACUAAGAAACGGCUGUACUAUAAGCAGACUGCAUUUCUGUAGAUUUGGGGAUACAGUUAAUACAGCAUCCCGAAUGUUGUCAUACAGUCUGGAUUCCCACAUCCACCUAAGUUGUGACACGGCACAAUUACUGGAAAAGCUGCCGCAGUUCUGUCUCGUUGAAAGAGGUUUUGUAGAGGUCAAAGGAAAAGGAUGCGUACGAACGUUCUGGCUCCAAUACCCUUUGCGGGCCGUAUGUCCAACUACAUAGGAAG